AAUUUUGAUGACAGAUAUCUGUUGAGAUCAUCCAUCCCUUCUUAUAAAAUCUGAAAUGCCAAUGCUCUCACUGACUUAACCUCAUUUGUCAUAUUCGAAAAAUGGAAGGGAGCUUGUGCAAAAUAGUCACAAUAUUGACAUUUGCACUUGCACUUGUUAACUACACGGGGGUUGCUCAAGACGCUAAUAGCACAACUCUUGUUCCAGCAAUCAUAUCAUUCGGGGACUCUUCUCUUGAUGUUGGUAAUAAUGAUUAUCUUUCUCGCACCGUUUUCAAAUCCAAUUAUCCACCUUAUGGGAGGGAUUUUGGAGACCAGAAGCCUACAGGAAGAUUCUGCAAUGGGAAAUUGGUUGGUGAUAUAACUGCUGAUACCCUUGGAUUCACAACUUACCCACCAGCAUAUCUUAGCCCGCAAGCAACUGGCAAGAAUCUUCUUAUUGGAGCCAACUUUGCCUCUGCUGCAUCUGGCUAUGAUGACAGGACAGCUUUCUUGAGGCAUGCAAUAUCAUUGUCGCAACAGAUGAAGUAUUACAAUGAAUACCAAUCAAAAUUAGCAGCAGUAGCAGGGAAAACAAAAGCGGCAUUCAUCAUCAAGGAAGCAUUAUAUCUAGCAUGCUUUGGAACUGCUGAUUUCCUUCAAAAUUACUACGUCAAUCCUAAAAUUAAUAAAGUCUACACUCCUGAUCAAUACUCCACAUACCUUGUUGGCAAAUAUACAAGUUUCAUCAAGGACCUGUAUGGAUCGGGAGCAAGACGAGUUGGUGUAACAGCACUCCCCCCAUUAGGAUGUCUUCCUGCAGCUAAAACAUUUUUCAGAUUGAACGAGAGAGGCUGUGUAUCUCGGAUUAACACGGAUGCACAAGGUUUCAAUACAAAGUUGAUUUCAGCUACAGAACAACUAAAGAAGCAACUCCCAGGCCUUAAAAUUGCAGUUUUUGACAUUUUUAAGACCCUGUAUGAUGUUGUUUUAUCUCCAAAAACUCAUGGGUUUAUGGAUGCGAGCAGGGGUUGUUGUGGAACAGGGGCAAUACCAGAAUCAUUAUUUUGUAACCGAAAGUACGCAGCUGGAAGUUGUAGUAAUGCAAGUGAGUAUGUAUUCUGGGAUGGUGUUCAUCUUACUGAGACCGCGAAUCAGAUCAUUGCUGAUUCACUCAUCUUCCAAGGCAUCAGUCUCUUUGGUUGAUUAUCCGCUGUUUCUUAGUUUUCUCCAUUAGUUUUCUUCCUUGUUUUUGCUUAUCUUUUGUAUGAGUCACUGCACAAAUGAACAUGCAGAAGGCUAGGGUUCAAGAAUAAUCUCUAAGAACUGCGGUACUGAAGUAUAUGGAAAUAUCAUCUUUCUCAAUUCGUGUAGUUGUAUUCAGGGGCGAGAAUUGUUUUUAGAAAAUUCCUUUCAGA